AUGAUUUCUAAACUUCCGAAAAUUUCAAGGAUUGUUGUUGUUGGAUUGAAUAGCUACUUAUUGUUUAAAAAAAAAGAGAGAAUAUUUUUUUGUGAAAACAAUAAGUUUGAGGAAAAAGUAUUUUUAUUUGGAGAUAAACGUUGUUUAAUGCAAGAUCUAAAAGAAAAUGGUGAAGCUGCAUUUUUUGAAAAAAAUGGAAUAAAAGUAAAAAAAAUAACAUUUGGGAACGGUAUCGGUAGUUGUGUAACAGAAAAUGAUGAAAUAUAUAUAUGGGGUUCAUACAAAGACGAGAAUAAAAAUGAGAUAAUUUAUGUCAAUCCGAUAAAAUUGAAGAGCAAUGAGAAAUUUAUAGAUAUGGAAUUUUCAAACAAUGACAUAUAUAUUGUUAACAAAAAUGGAGAAUUAAAAAUUAUUCGAAAUUAUAGUGAUUGUUUAAAAAAAAACAAAUUUAUAAUUGAACAAUUUUACAAGUAUAAUAAAAAUUUAUUUUUCGAAAAUGAAAAAAUAAUAAAGUUAAGUGUAAAUAAAUAUCAUCUAGCUUUUGUUACAAAUAAAGGGAAUUUGUAUUGUUCUGGAAAUAAUUUUUAUGGGCAAUGCGGAUUGGAUCCAUCACUAAAAAAUAACUUUAAUUUAAAUUAUAAUUUUGAGUUUUUGAAAAAAUUUAAUGGGUCAUUUAGUAUGAGAAAUGACAAUCAUAGUGAAAGAGAAGUCCCAGCACAGAAAAUGGUGCAUAAUAACAGUGAUAUUAGAGAUACGAGCAACAUCCAAGAUAUAAGCAAUAAAAUGGGAAAUGUUUCUUUAUCUAGCGAAAAUAAUGAGUUUCAUAGCAAAAAUAUUGUUAAUAACUAUGCAUUUAUUGACAAAGAAGAGAACUUAAUUGAAAAAGACAUAAAAGAAAAAGCUACAGGAAUGGAUAACAUAACUGAGGAAGAUGAGGAAAUAGAAAUGAGUGCUGAUAAAAGCAAUUAUAUCAAAUUAAAUAAAAUAUCAUUCGGGGAAAAGACACAAAUUAUAGACGUGUCAUGCGGCCUAAACCAUACAAUAUGUUUAGACAACAAUGACAAUGUAUAUAGUUUUGGAGAUGAUAGUAAAAUACAAUUAGGGUUAGGGGAAAGCCGAACUAAUAAAAAUUCUUUAUCCGGAACACAUUGGAAAGAACAGUUAAAACGAGGUUAUUCAACAAUUACAAAAAAUUUAGUGAACUAUUCAUUUUAUGAUAGACAUAUACAAAGUAGCCCACAAAAAAUAUUAAAAAAAAUGAAUGAUUGUGAAAUAUGUGAUAAAAUAUAUAAAAUUAAUGCAGGUUCCAAAUUUUCAAUGAUAUAUUCUAAUGAUAAAUUUGGGAAACAAUUAUUUUGUUUUGGUGAUAAUAUGUAUUUUCAAUGUGGUCGGCAUUUAGGAAAGCACCAACAAACUUUAUCGACUGUAAAAUUGCCAAAUAAUAAAAUAAAAGACUUUUCGUGUGGUGAUAGGCAUUGCUUAUUAAACUUGAAUGGCAAACUUUAUGGUUGGGGAUAUAAUAAUAUGCAUCAAAUAACACCAUUUAAAAAUAAAGGAAUAGUGAACAACCCUAUUCAUAUACUUUCGCAAAAUAAAUACCCAAUAGACUAUACCCAUAUAAAGUAUAUAAAUGCCAAGUAUAAUAACUCCGCGGUUGUUAUUACAACGAAAUAA